AUGCACGUCGACCAUCCUCAACCACAUGCCUGGGAGCGUCAUCUCGCCGGGUUCGGCGCCGCAUCUGCCGCUCUCGGCAGCACAUCCCCCCCGUCACCAGUACCCGCAAACCACGUCAGCACCUCGCGGUCGAUCUUCAACCUUAUCAGGAAGACACGUGGCGUGCAGCCGUCCACGGGAGUCUCGGCUACGGGCGGCUCGGCUGGUCAAUCAGGAAGCGUGGGACACGUAGGAACCGCAGCGCAUUCAGUGGGGCAGUAUGGCGACUUGACGGGGCGUAACGGCGGCUCAGCGGUUACUCACGACUUGGGCCCGUCCACGUCAGCGCGCCAGCAAGCCACGUGGCAGCACGGCAGCGGCGGCGGUGGCGCCCCUUCACCUCAUCAGCCGCCGCCGCAGAAAUCGAAACAGCAAGCGCAGCACGAGCCGCCACCGCCGCGUCAUCACGCUGCUGACGUGUCAAUCGAUCUGGCCGCUUUACGCGACCGCGCGGUCCGGAGCACCGCAUCUGUCGUGGAUUUCCGUCAGCAGCACAUGGUGCGGUUCUUACGAGACGCCAAUCUGCUCGCGCUCAAGGGGCGCCGCGCGUGCGCAAUGGGGGGCGUGUGGGGGGCGCACGAGGACGUUCUGGUGGUGUGGGAAGGGGAGGCGGAGGCGGAAGCGGAAAGUUCUCGCGGGUCGGCAAGCGUGGGGACGGGGAGCGGCGGAGGAAGGGGAGGGGGAGAGGCGGAGAGGCAAAGCCCGCGUUUGCACGGGUCCGGGGAGGGUUUUGCGCGGAUGGGGGGGAUGGCGCAGGGAGCGUGCGCGGGUGGGGGAGUCGGCGGAAAAUUGCACGCGCGGUGUGACGAGAGCGCGUCGGCGCGGGAGAGAAGGCGGGAGGAGGAUGUUUUGGGAGAGAUUAUCGCUGCUGCAGGGGCCGCCGAUUGUGAGUAUAACGGCGUGGUGCCAGCAGCGGGGUUGACUCCGCGGGAACGGAGGUCCCCCUUUCCCUCUUCGCUGCUGUGCCUACCACCCCUGGCGGAACAGGAGGGGGAGGGGGGGGGCGCGGAGGGUGGGAAUCCCCGCCCAUGGCCGAAAAAGGUGGGGGGAAAGGGGAAUGGGGGGGAAGAGGCGAGACGGUUCUGGAAGAGCGGAGGGGGAGGAUGGGGAGGGGGAGGGGGAGGAGGGGCAGCAUCAUCUGCGGUGGCUGGGAAUAUUGAUGAGAACGAGGGUCGUUUAGGUUCUACUGCAGAGGGAGGGGAGGGGAAACAGCAGGAGGGGAAACAGCAGGAGGGGAAUGGGGAGCUGUUACGAUGA